UUUUACAGUCAACCUCCGUAGUAUACACUGGCUAAACCUCGAACCGCGCCGCUCAACUUAUAAUAUGUAUACAAUACAGUUUCCACUUAUUUUUUCUCAUUCACCUUAGCCCCAUUCAUAAAGGGAUCAAGAUUUGUUAAAACCCUUUUUGAUUUUGUUUCUUGAAUUUCAACUUCUAAUCUCAUUUUCCCCGAACCAAAGUUUCUCACUGCAAAGACCCACGGAUUUCUUUGCCACAAAUCAACGUGUUAGCAUCUAAAGAUGAGUGCUAAAGUUGUGGUUUUUCCAAUCAGAGGAAGAAACUGGUGUUUCAGCAGAUCAAUUGACCCUUCAGUGCUCGCCCCUCAAUCUUCCAACACUCCUUCCACGCUCAAAGACCUCUGUAGUAAAAUAUUUUCUUCUUCCCAGCACAGCAAAACGUCAUCCGAGGACUCAAAAGUCGAGCUUGCGGUUGAUUUCGUUGCGAACAAGAUGAAUGGAGCUUGGAGUAAUCUGGAGAAGGCGCCCCAAGGGACUUUCAAAAACAAAAUUCAUGGUUUGGGGUUGAAGCUGUUGUCACGUGUUAGGCCAUCAGAAAUCUUUUUCAGAUCCAUCCCGAAGGAGAUUGAUAGAGUGGAUAUUGUAUAUCCAUCAAGUUUGAAUCCACGACUUGUCCGCCGAAGACUUCGACAUAUAGCAUUCAGGGGAUCAAUUAUUCACAAGAAAUACUUCUAUGGUUCUGCUGUCUUGCUGCCUUUGACAUCAGUUUUCAUGUUUCUUCCUUUACCUAAUAUCCCAUUCUUUUGGAUCUUGUUCCGUACAUACUCUCACUGGAGAGCCUCACAGGGAAGUGAGAAGCUUCUUCAUUUAGUGAGUGAUGCCUCUUCUCGCCCGGAACAGUCCAUUGAGAUGGCCAAAGAUGGGAAGGUUUCUUCACCUAAUUCUGAUAAAGGCAGUGAUCAUUCCACUACUUCUCCACUAGUUUUCCAACCCUCGGAGGAACUGCAAAAGCUUCUGCACUAUAAAGAUGGUGAGGAUGGUCUGAGUGAGUGUGCAAUAUCGAAGAUUUGCAAGAUUUUCUAUUUGAACUCUACGGACGUUGUCAAAUACCGACAUUCAAUUUAGCCACACCGACAUUCAAUUUAGCCACACGUAGUUUUUCUGAAUACCAAGUUGCUUUCCAAUUUCAUAGUUCGAUUCUUUCAUCCAGGAAAUUUUGCUGGUUUAUCCGUAUUUCCUAGUUAGAAUCAAAUGGGAUCUGUAUAUUUUCUAGAGCAAACAAUAAAUUUGCCCUCAAAUUGACACAAGGUGGUGAUUUGGCAGUUGAAGAAGUAUGAAUAUAGCGACGUUCAUUCUUAGUA